AAUGAAGCAAUUGAAAUCAAUCUCAUGUGGGCGAACACGGAAGACCUGUGCAGUAUUCGAGCCUAGUGCUGCAAGCGGAGGGACGAAAGGCAGCAGCAACUCUUCGUCGAGCACAGUUGGUCGGACAAGCAGACAUGGCGGAGUUGGGACUUUUGGAAGCAAGAAGAAGCUACCGCCGCCAACAUCAGUGAGCUUAUUACUCGCUACCACGGAGAGAGGAGUGUCUCUACACGGUAUUGGCAGCGAUUUCAAUAGCAAGCUCUUCGUGGGAAAGCAGCUGCUAGGCCCAGAGGAUUUCCAGAUUUCAACAGGACCUGCUGGUAAUAGCGCAGCAGCGAAGUUAUGGCUACCGCUACGUCCGUCUACCUAAUGUACUGCGUAAUGUUUUGUCUGGUGUAGUUGAGUACUACAUCCAUCUUGCAGAGCAAUGCCUUCUCCAUUUCCUUGCAUAAUCGUUCGCGAAGAGUUCUGCUCGUCUUCUAACAUCUACGAGAAGCCUCAUGGCGCAGGACGCUUGCUUCGUAGCGCAAGAUGGUGCAAUCGCAGCUGUUAGCGGUGGGGCUUCCGUUGCGAUCUUCAGGUACGACCUGUACGCGCCAGUAGACGACGUCAACAUUCCACAGCGCGUUGCGAAAGCCAGGUUUUGCGGAAGUGCUGCUAAUCGUUCGCAGCUGGCGAAUCAGCUUCCCGCAGCAGGAUGCAUACAACAGCAGCAACAGCAAGCAAUCACUUCGGCUAUGAGUGCAACGAAGCUGACAAUGAUCACGGCUCCGUCUAGCGGCGUGCUUUCUACGGCAGCAUUGACAUAUUCGUCUGGGGACAAACGAUUGCUGCUCUUCGACUUAGCAGCAGAGAAGGUAUCGCUGACAGGGAGUCCAGGUGGCGCGCACGGUGGAGGCAAGCUGACUAGUAUGCAGUUCGCAUGUCCCAUUAUGAGGGUGGACGUGGGUAUCAUUUGGUACUGGUAGGCAAUCAGGGUAGACCUCAGUGAGUAGCUGCAAGGGCUGUCUCAACUUCGAGUAGGUGCUAGGAAAGCGAUGAAGUGUACUGUACAUAUUGAAGACAUAGCACAUCUUCGUCAGUCGGGUCCUGGUGGGUUUCGUUUUACAAUCGACAGCAUGUCACCUCUCAUAGCACGCGCGAGCGCUUCGUUCUGUGGGUCCGACUUGGACUUGUUUUGCACAGCGGGCACUGAUGGAUUCGUCGAUCUGUACGACAUUCGAACACGCGGUCUCAUGAACCCAGUGGAGUCAUAUUCCGGCAGACAUAAGCAUUCUUGGCACGCGAUCCGGGCCCGGUUUUCUCCCUGUAUGCGGUACAUCUGCGUCGGCAGUGAAGACGGCUCGAUAGCAAUGUACGACUUGAGGAGGGUGAAGGAGAGAGGACUUCAACGCGUUGGUGUUCGGGCUCGAGAUGAAGCAGAUGCCGGCACAACGACAGUCUUGUCAACGACACGACAUGGAGCUGUUUCUGUGUGCGCUGCCUUCGACUUUCAUCCGGUUUCAGGGACUUUGGCCACGGGCGGCCACGAUCAGUGCGUGUGCUUGUGGAAAAACAGCGACCUCGUGCUAGGUAGCGCGGGCAGCGGCAAACUGAGGAUGAAGAAGUCAAUGAAAGGCAGCAACAGCAGUCGGCGAGGAGGUGGGAUGAAGGUAUUCGAACAAGAGGAGCAGUCGGACAGGAUACUCGAUGUGGAUUCGACGGUCGGAGCCGCUGUUAGUGACCGAAGGGACGAGCAUGAGGAAAGGAUGGCGCAUGUCAAUCUGGAACGAGACGAACUUGGGUGA